AGGACAGCAUAUUGGCAAAACGGCACCCGUUGCAUGCCGGAGUCGCUCGGCGCACCGGGGCUGCGCAAGAGGACAACCGUGGCCAGGACCGGCUCGAUCUCGAGGAGGCGGCGGACCAGAGAAUGCGGGCCGAGUUCGUGGAAGAGGACCUGCUCUUGGCGCGGCGGCAGCUGCAAUUUGCUCUGGCGCAGCAAGAGACGGCCCAGGCGCAGGUCGAGACGGCCCAGGCGCAGGUCGCGACAGCCCAGGAGCAGGAAGCAAUGGCGGUGAAGCGUCUCGCUCGGGCGGAGGAAUCGGGCGAUGCGAAAAAGGUGCAGGCGGCGGAGAGGAAGGUGCAGGAGGCGGAGAGGAAGGUGGAGAGGGCGAAGAAGGAGGUCCAGGAGGCGAAGAAGGAGGUGGAGAAGGCGGAGAGGAAGGUGGAGAGGGCGAAGAAGGAGGUCAAGGAGGCGAAGGCAAGCGGCCGGACGAAGGAGUCCGAGGCAAGCGGGAUCCAGGAUGACCCAGAUGCCACGGCGUUCAUCCAGGAGCUGGUCAACGCCAAGCCCAAGGACCUCGGCGAAGGCGUGCAGGUCUUCGACCUCAAGACGUGCCUGCCCGCGGAGCCCUACGACCUGAGCGGGAGGAAGCUGCUGACGCGGAACACGACGCGCCAGGCCUGGCAGGGAGCUGAUGAAGGACGGCACGAGGCGCGUGGCCAUGCUGGGCACCCCCGGCAUCGGCAAGAGCAGCUCCCUGGCGCUGGGCCUGUGGCACCUGGUGUCGGGCCACCGCCCGGACUGGAUCAAGACGCCCGAGGCCAUUGUCUACGAGGCCCGGGAGGGCCUCAAGGUCUUCAUUUUCACCAACAAGGACGGUGACUGGAAGGCGCAGAGCAUAGCAUUGGAGGACUGGAAGCCAGGUUCCUGCGAGCACCUGCAGAACAGCGACAAUUGGUAUUUAGUGGAUACCUACGGCAAGGAGACCACGGGGAAGCUGCCGGCCAAGACGGUGAAGGCCUGCAGCCCUGACAGGGAACACUACUCCAACUUCAUCAAAGAUGGUGGACAAUGUGUCUAUGUGGAGGCAUGGCAAAAGGGGGAGCUGAAGGUGGCCUAUCCGUGUUUGGAGGAUGUGAAAGUGAGUGAGAGCACUUUGCUUGAUAGAUUCGAGCAGGUUGGAGGCACCCUUCGCACCCUUUUGGCCAAAGAAGGCCCUUAUGAGGAUGCAGUGAAGCAGCAGAAGACCGACGCAAAGGACUUCGCAACAGUGCGACGCGCCUUUGGUGGAGAUUUGGACAGCGUUGGGACGAAGCUGCCAAGCAGGCUCUUCACAUUCCGUACCGAAAAUGGGAUCUCUUGCACUGUCGCUGUAUGCUCCCCGAAAGCUAGAGAGCUUCUUGCACAGGAGCACUAUGCCGAGCUUGUGAAUUUGUGGAAGGACGAGAGUGACCCAAAAUCAAGAUAUUGGCUGGAAGAUUUUGUUGGGGUUUGGCUGACCACAUCAUGGCGUGACAAGCGGCUUGAGCCCUGGAUGAUACCGUAUGAAGGCAAGUGGGAGCACAAGAAGGGCAAAGAUCUGGUAGUGCCUGCUUUGAAAUUGCUGCAUUGUGAUUUCAACGACAUUUUCAACAGCAGAUGGCUCCAAGCUGUAAAGCGCAGAGGCACGGAGAAAUGCCUUGUGCACAGCCCAGAACGGUACCCAGGCAUCGACUACCUGCUCGACUUCAACCACGGCAUCUCCGUGACACUCUCUCCGAAGCACAGCAUCGCAGAGGGGUUUGCGAAGAGGUUGCGCGACAUUUUCGAAGAUUGCAAGGGACAACACAGUUUCACCCUCACUUUUUUGGCUCCGGGAGCUCCGAGCAAAUUCGUCCCAAAGAAAAGUGCAGAGUUUAACCGCUUAUUGGCCUUGGCGCAGGGGCCAGACAGAGUGUUCCAGAAUGUGUAUGUACAGGCCGUGCAAAUUCCGAAGACGCUAGACAGCCUGUCAGAAGCCUGACAUCCUGAAGACAGUGCGAAAUGUGUUGAUUAGCAUGGGGCGGCUGUGUUCGGAUCAGUGUUCUUUGUUUAUGGUUGGG